UCAGUAUGACCUCUACUGCAGUUGAAAAUACUUGAGAGGGGAGGUUGAAUCCAUUGAUUUUUCUGACGAUGUAGCCUAUCUUUGUAGAGAUAGAGAGACUAAUUUUAUUUUGGUAGGAGCCCGUUCAUUUCUGUGCACAGCCAUCGCAAGAAGGGCUUAUGUGCUCCUUGCUACUUGAUUUCGGAGUAGGGGUGUUGUGUGUUGCUGAGGUAGAGUCCGUUUUAGCAGCACUUCAUCAACAUGGCUUUGAUUGGUGUGCAGCUGGUGGUUACCAUGGUAAUGGCCAGUGUAAUUCAGAAAAUCUUACCUCAUUAUUCCUUCGCAAGAUGGCUCCUGUGCAGUGGCAGUCUGCGGUGGUAUCAGCACCCCACGGAAGAUGAGUUAAGGAACUUGGCUGGGAAACAAAAGGGACAGAAGAGGAAAGACAGAAAGUACAAUGGUCACAUAGACAAUAAACCGCUAACUGUUCCAAAGGACAUAGACCUGCAGCUGGAGACAAAAUGCAUCACAGAAGUCGACACGUUAGCAUUGUACUACUUCCCUGAGUUCCAGUGGCUGGUGGAUUUCACAGUAGCAGCUACUGCAGUGUAUCUGAUCACAGAGCUUUACUACAGCGUUGCUCAGCCCUCAGGAGAGAUGAACAUCAGUGUGGUCUGGUGCCUACUUGUACUUGCCUUUGUCAUUAAAAUCCUUUUUUCCCUCACGGCCCACUACUUCAAGCUGGAGGAAGGAGGCGAACGAUCCCUCUGCAUUACAUUUGCUUUCUUUUUUUUUGUCAAAGCUAUGAUCAUUCUCAUUGUUACUGAAAAUUACCUGGAAUUUGGUCUGGAGACAGGUUUUGCAAACUUUUCUGACAGUGCUCAACAGUUUCUGGAGCAUCAGGGCUUAGAGUCACAGGGCCCCAUAUCUAAGCUCACCUUCAAGCUGAUCCUGGCCCUGCUCUGCUCUCUGAUUGGAGCAUUUCUAACGUUCCCUGGCCUACGAUUGGCCCAAAUGCACCUAGAUGCACUUAACCUAACCACAGCAAAAUUUACACAAACUCUGCUUUAUAUCAACUUCCUCUCCCCCCUCAUCAUGGUCCUGCUGUGGGUGAAGCCUAUUACCAAGGACUACAUAUUGAAUCCCACUCUUGGGAAAGAGAGCGUGCCUUUGAUGAGCGAGCAGACGUAUGAUUCGUUGCGGUUAUGGGUUAUUAUACUGAUGUGUGUGCUCCGGCUCGUCAUGAUGAGACAUCACCUGCAGGCCUACCUCAACCUGGCACAGAAAGGUGUGGACCAGAUGAGGAAGGAAGCAGGACGGAUAAGUACAGUUGACCUGCAGAAGAUGAUUGCACGUGUUUUUUACUACUUGUGCGUAAUCGCACUACAGUAUGCGGCACCACUGGUGAUGUUGCUACAUACAACUUUGCUGCUAAAAACUUUAGGUGGUCACUCCUGGUGGGUCUAUCCUGAAGAAGACUUGCCUUGCCUCCAUGAGAUAAACUCUGAUUCUGUUAUCGGAACAGAACAAAUAGCACCUCUAAAACCAGAUACAGUGGUGGAAACCGGAGCCCGGGCAUCUGUGGCCCAACUCUCAAUGGCUCUUGGGGGCUUACGGACUGUUUUUAGCCCCUUACUUUUCAGGGGCCUGUUCUCCUUCUUCGCCUGGUGGAUUGCUGCCUGUCUGUUCUCCACCUCUCUUUUUGGCCUCUUCUACCAUCAGUAUCUCAUGGCGGCAUAGCAUCAGCAGCAAUCCCAAAAUGUGGCAUUUAAACCUCUACUUUUCUGGACAUGGUCAGAAAAGGACUUAUUGGGGUCUUACAGAAGCCCACUCAUGACUCUGCUCCACAACUCUUCCUCCUUCACCUCCAUGUUUCUGACCGCCUCAGAACAACUGAUCAUAUCAUCAGAGCUCUUGGUUUUGCUCCCAGUGCUUCCUCCACAGAUGACUGUGAACUCUUAUUUGAUUUAACUUGCAUAGAAGUAAUGUUUUUUAUUCAUUCGAGCAGCAAAAGCGCGUAAGUCUUUACAAGGCUCACCAUUAAACACUGAGAGGUAAAUAAAUCAGUGUCAUCGGUGAAGUGACAUAAAAACUUUACAGACAGAUUUAUUAAUUUUACACAAUAAAAUAAUCAGAGAUUCUGAUUGUUAUUAGUAAAUGGAAAAAUAGCUUUCGUGCAAUUCUGCUUUUCUCCAUAGAAACUGAUGACUAAAGCCAUUUAGUGACUGCAGUCUACAUGCCGUUUUUCGGUAAUCUCAAACAUUCUCAGAUAUCUUUAACUAUAAAAUGCAGCUCCUUUAAUGCUUUUCAACAAGUCAAUUAGAGUACUAAUUUUAAAAUGUUAUAAUUUUCGUUAAAUUAUCUCUGAUUUCAAUGAUCGCCAGGUCAUUCUUUUUAUCGUAGCACAUUUUAUUGAUUUUACUGGUAUGAAAGUAAAAUCGCUACAAUUUUACUGAUUUAGCUUGAAAAUUUUGAAAAAAACGCACAAUCUAUUUAAAAUCUGUAACCUGACGCUCCUCCUCUAAGAUAUUAAAACACAUUGAUUAGAGUAAUUUCAAAAUUACUUAUCAUUUUUCUUCAAUGUUAUUUUGAUGUGUAAAUUAAUUAAAAAGUACAAUAUAAACACCCACUAAAUUUAGCAGUUAUCAAGUGCUAAAUGUAAGACUAUUAUCUAGUUUGACACUCAGCUCUUCAAGAAUAACAAUGGGAGUCAAAUUUUUUGACAAAUAUAAUUGACAUUAGCUGAUUGUUUUGAAGCUAUCUGUUUAGAUCUUAGUGGGCUGGCCAACAGAAGUACCACUUAUAUGAAAUCCACAAUAAUGUUUAGAGAAAAGUGUUAAUUAAAAAGACAGGUGAGUGGUCCUCUUUUAUUUUCCACUCACUGUAAUUUUUGUCCAGAGUUGAAUUUUAAAUAUUCUUGUCGAAGGAAAUGUGAAUCUCCCACAUAAAUACCCAUUGACGGAUUGGAAAGGAGCUACAUUUAAAUCACAGAAUAUCUGGAUCAUUCUAAUCAGACUGUGGUUUCUUUUCCUUAUCAUUUUUGUGUUUUCUGUUUGUUUGGGAACUGAUUUCUACCACGUUUUGUUCACUGGUUAGUUGCGUCUUGCUUUGGUACAGGUCAUUUCUCCUCUACACCGGGUCUUAUUAGGUUUGGUCUUUUUGUUCCCAACCUUUUUUGGAUAAUGAAAUUGGUUGUCUACCUCGGGAUGUUUUGUAAACACCAUGUGUCAGUUUGUGUUCACUUUGGGGACAUUUUAUACCUGCUUUGACAACCAGCUGUUUUAAAUAAGUGUACUAUAAUCUACUCGCAGACUACUGUAAGAAAAUGCGUUAUGACUGUAAAGGCUAUUAAUUAGCCUUCUGCUGGAGGUUGCUCAUAGUUUUGGUUUAAUCAAGGGGUCAUAAAGUGUUAAAUUUUAUAAGACUGAAAUGACCCAAACAGGGAUCUGAACCACAAUCUUAGGAAAAUGGGUUUUAUUUGAAUUAUAUUUGUUUGGCAUUUAUUUUUCUUUACAAUGAUACAGAUAAUUAAGGUUGGGACCAAAAAGAAACAGAAUGGGGUUAUGAGUUGUUCUUCACUCCUUAAGUCUCUUAAAAUUGUGUGUUGUUAAACAAAUUAACCUGUUUUAUUAUUAUUAUUAUUAUUAUUUUGUACCUGAAAUGUCUUACACAGUCUUGAAACAUUGUAUUAAGGACCAGUGAGUUUCUGCUUGGUAGUGCUGUAGUCCAGCUCAGGUUUCUAGAGUUGGAGAGCAAGAGAUGGACUCGCAGAAGAGAUGAGAUCGUUUCUCCUCAACUUGAAGUUGAUGUGCUUAGAGUCAUCUGACUGAGCUCUCCAUACAGGACAAAGUUGAAUUUAAAUAUGGAAGGAUUUCUGGUGUAUUUGUCAUGUUUAUAGUUUGUUACCUUCAUGGUUUUACUUGAGUCAUUUUAGUGGGCGUGUGAGAGGACUAAUGUGUUUUACGGGAGGCCAACGUGUGUGGGGCUCAGUCGGGGCAACAGCUUAUGCCCCUGUCUGUCUGCUGGAACGUGUUCACUGCUGAUCGUCAGCUGUAUACUCAUAGGGCAUUGUUAUGAAGAGAAGUCAGCUGCUUUAAGAUGGCAUAGUUGUUGUUUUUUUUUAUCUCGAACAUUUAAUUGUGCAUUUUUAGAUUUUUUUCGUAAAAUAUACGUUUUUAAAAUGGUGCCAAGUAAGGGUCCUAAUACCCAACAAGUCUGUGCUUUGUUGCUGAAGGUUUUAUUUCUGCUACUUUGUGAAACUGCACUACAACUCUGCGGCCUUCAGUUUUUCUGUAGAUCUGACUUGUUACAUUGGGAAUUAGUGGUUGUGGUUCACACAAGAACCACGUGUUCAGUAAGUCUCUGUGGAUUGUUCUACGUCGGUAGGAACAUAUAAAUAUGCGCACAAGGAAUCAUUGUGCUUUUGACUCACUGGCCAACACACUUGCCCAGUGUUAUUAGGAAUGUAGGGCACAUUGUGUCAGGUUAAUUUCAAAUUAUUGUUUUCUUUGGUUCAGCUGUUUAUCUUUGGGCUUAACGUGUGAUCAAGCUGGCGUUUAUGAACUCCAGACAUCAGUUUUGAUACAGCAACCUAUUCCAGCAACACCAUAUCAAAAUUUUUUAAAUCCUGAUUUUCAGUCUUAGCUUUUGUUUGUAUCUGUUUGAAACGAUGGGGAAUAUGCACAUAGUGAAUGUAUCAAUCCUGCCUGAUUUUUAGAUUGCGUUUUAAUAAAUUGAUUUGAGUUGAUUUAACCCCCUUCCACCUACUUCACUGCAAUUUUCAAAUUCAUUCCUUGUCAAAUGUGUUUAAUCUGAAUCUCAUCCUAAUCAUAUUUGUCGUAAUCAUUUAUAUUUUGAUUUACUUUUUUAUAUUUAUUUACUUAUGCCUGCAAACAUUUCUAAUUUGAAUUGUAAGUCGUUCAUUUUGUUGUUGAAGUGCACAAUGGCUAAAAUCUUUUUUUUUUUUUUUAAAUGUGUUUGACAAAUCUGUGAGAGAUUACCUUUUAUUUAAUAGCCUGGUCUGGGUAAUUGAAAAUAAUAUUUUGGAUAUUUUCAGAAUCCACUGUCCAGAUGAACAGAUGUUGAUAUUUUCAGUUUUUUACCACUAUUAAGUGUUUAUUGCUCAUUUUUGGGUUCACAAACUAAAAUAACACAUGUUGUUCUGUCGUGUAUUUAUUUCUGCUUUAGAUUUUGUCUAAAUAAAUUAUGUUCUUUUCUUUG